AUGGGCCUCAUCGAUAAACUCCAAGCCAAGCUCGAGCUGUACCGCCUCGAACAAAAGUACGCCCGCCGCAAGCACCGCACCACCUUCUCCACGGGCGCAACCUACGUCGACGGCGAAUACGUCUUCACAGGCGCCAACUCACCAACCAGCACCGUUUCCAAACACUCAACCGGUAGCUGGCGGCCCUCGAUCGGACGAAGCGGAUCCUCAGAAUCACGCCGGCGGUGA